AUGAUGCGCAUAAAUUCAGCCGAAGAGCUUGAAGUAUGCGAAGAAGUGGGUAGGGGUGCAUUUGGUGUUGUAUACCGAGGGUUGAUCAAAGCUACUUCAGAAGAAGUUGCCAUUAAACAGAUUGAUCUUGAAAGUGAACAAGCAGAUUUAAUUGAAGUUAAUAAAGAAAUCCAGAUUAUAUCUGAAUGUCGAAUCCCUCAAAUCACCAGAUUCAUGGGAUGCUUUGUGAAACAAUACAAGUUGUGGGUAAUAAUGGAAUACGUUAAUGGGGGUAGUUUAUUUGAAUUACUUAUACCAGGAGCAGUAACCAAUGAGGGAACCAUUCUGACAAUUGUAAAUGAAAUAUUGAUCGCUCUAUUAUAUUUACAUAAUCAGGGGAAGAUCCAUAGAGAUUUAAAAUCACAAAAUAUCUUACUUAAUCGUAAUGGAGAAGUGAAAUUAACUGAUUUUGGAGUAUCAACACAAUUAUCAUCCAAUUUUUCAAGAAGAAACACCACGGUUGGGACUCCAUAUUGGAUGGCCCCAGAAGUUAUUUUAAACAAUAACGGUGGUCAUAGUUAUAAGGCAGAUAUUUGGUCAUUGGGAUGUUGUGCUUAUGAACUAUUCACGGGGAAACCCCCAUUGCAAAACCAAUAUCCUCCAAUGAAGGCACUUCGUCAAAUAUCCAAGUGUCAUGAUGAUCAAGAUUUUGUUGGAUUAAUCGGAUUGGAUGAAAUGGUAGGAAUAUCUUCCACAUUCAAGGAUUUUUUACAUCAAUGUUUCAUUGUAGAUCCAAAGGAACGUUCAUCAGCAUCAAAACUAUUAAAGCAUAAAUUUAUUACACAACAUUCAUCAAAUAAAGAGAUUCAGAAAAAGGAGUUAAAUAAACUUAUCACAAACAAACAAUUAUGGGAUCAAGAACAUCAUGUGGCAAAGAUACAAAAUUUUUAUGUACCGACGGAAAUGAAAAAAAAUCAAAAUAAAUGGUUAGGACAAUCAAAUGAGGAAUCGAAAACCAUUAAAUUUGAUUUGAGUCUGAUCUAUGACGGAGAAAGUGAUUCAAGGGAAGGGUCUGAGGAAGCUGCUAGUGGCGGUGUGGGGACGUCUUCCAGUACAGGUACAUCGAUACCAUCCUCAACAACGUCUUCAUCAUCCCCACAACUUCCUGAAAAGCUUGAUGCCAAACAAGAAUCUCCAGCACUUCAUUAUAACUCUCUUUCAAGAAUAGAUACAAAGCAAGAAAAUUUGAAGAAAACUUUAAAACCAGAACUUAAUAAAAUUGUUAACAAGGUUUUCCAUAAACUUGAAUCGAAAAAUAGUUUACUUACGGAACAAUACGAUUCAUUGGUACUGUUAAAUAAUUCAAUAUUAAACCUUGUUAACUUCAUGCAAGAUAACCAAAUUGAGAAGAGUCCCAAAGUUUUAAUCUGUCAAUAUUUCCGGUAUUUUUUCAAGGAAUUAAUGAGAGAAAACCCAUCAGAAAAUAGAACCAUGUUACAACGGUUAAUAAUCCCACUGGUGGUAUUGGUGGGCAACAAUAAGAAUCUACAAACCAUAAGACAAGACAAGACACAGACACAGACGCAGUUUGAUGAGAUUGAACUGAGUUUAAUGAACAGUUGGAUCGGGAAAAUGCUCGAUGGAGAGAUUGAAAGUGUUGUUGUACAUUAG